GCUCAAUAGUGUUCCACCUAUUUUCCAAUUUGGAGGGUGAACGAUAGCACAGAUUUCUGAGGAUUUUGUAUAAUACCGACUUUAAUUACAGAUGUAUUUGGAAACUCUACAAAACAAAUUUUGUGCACACUUCAGAAGUACAAAUAAACAGGGCUGUAAGUACCAGCUUACACUACUUAUGGAUGUUGAAGAGCUUUCGAUGUGGCAUUAUGGUGGCAUUAGGCUAACUUUGCCAUUGAGACUUAAUUAGACUUGCUCACUUGUGAACUUCCAUCUGAAGAGAAUCAUAAGGUUAGAUAUUAGAAAAGUCAAAUAUGGUCUUUAAUGCGGAGAUUUGUAUUCUCAAGCCUUUAUAGGAUUCAUGAUCAGGAAUUCACUGGAUUUGGUUCCUGCAAGAUAAUCAUUU